AUGCAAAAUAUUGAUAUUUUCAGCACUAGAAAUAGAAAAUCAGAAGUAAGCGAUGUUAGUGCUCUACAGGCUUCAACUCACAAGACUACGUUGCUUGAAUUGUCGUUACCAAAAAUUAAUAUUAUUGUUCAUUCAUUUGAACCUAAAUUAAAGAAUUUGAUUAAAGCAGAUGGAGAUUAAACUGAUAUCAAUCCUGAAACAGAGAGAAUUUCUAAAAGAUAGAAUCAAAGAUCAGACAUGUUCAAAAAUGAAAUUAUCAAAGGUUAGAAGACUCACAGGAUUACAUUUAGAGAUCAAAUUGAUGGACAAUCUCUUUAUUAAAUCAAGUACUUUCAUAAAGAACCCUAAGAAGAUCUUGAUGAAUGUUGUCCUUGUAAUAUUUUUUGA